AUGCUUGAGUCAUCCAACCUGAUGUUGCCUCGAACAACCUACAAUUUUAUCAUUGCUGGUGGUGGCAUUGGAGGACUCACAGUUGCCAUCGACUGGCCGAAGAUCCGAACAGCUCUGAUUUUUCUUGUAGCAUCUGUUGUGAUCGAGUAUGGCCCAAUUAAUAAAGGAGAGCCAUACAUCCUGGUCCACCUCAACAAUGCGACGUACUCAGUUCUGAUAGGACAGUGUAUUGGGGGUGGCUCUACUGUUAAUGCAAUGUUUCUUCAACGAUGCCCUGCUGUGGAUUAUGAUUCUUGGGAAGCAUUGGGAAAUCCAGGAUGGGGAUGGAACUCCCUUCUGCCAUACUUCAAGAGAAGUGAAAACUUCACUGCCCCCAAUCCAGCAUUUACUCAACAAAGCAACAUCACACACAGCACAAUGUCCAUGGUUUCAACGGCCCAGUGCACGCAAGCUAUGCCCCAUACACUUAUCCCGGAAGUGGCGGGUCGCUUUUGGAAUGCAGCACUGGCUCUAGGCAUUCCCAUAGACCCGGACCCAAACAGCGGGAAAAACACCGGGCUCUUCACUUCUUUGAAGGCUUUGAAUGCCGGCACUGAGACUCGAUCAUAUCUAAAGCUGCUCAUUAUGAUUGAUACUGCAGUCAGUAAAGUUCUGUUCAAGGACAAGACGGCUGUGGGUGUGGAGUAUCGCCUUGUUGGAACAAAUCAAGUGUUCAGUGCCACUGCAUGCAAUGGGGUCAUUUCCGCAGCUGGCGCUGUCCACUCGCCACAAAUCCUGCAGUUUUCGGGUGUGGGACCGAAGGCUUUGCUGCAGAGUCUGGGUAUUCCAGUUGUUCUUGACCUCCCAGGCGUGGGAACGAACUUCCAAGACCAGCUCAAUAUGCCAGUCACUUACAAUUUCACGUCCAAUGUCUUCCCCAAUGCGGACUCGCUGCAAAACAAUGUAACCUUCUUUGCUGAACAACUUGCACUCUACAACUCUGCUCACCAAGGAGCACUCACCCUUACAGCGCAAACUGGGAACAACAUCGUAUCUCUUUAUUUAAAAGAAACCACAAGUAAUUGGAAGGCUCUAAUCGCACUUGCUGCGUCUCAGGAUCCUGCAUCACUCCUUCCACCUGGCAGCGACCCAACACAAAUCCUUCAGUUGUAUAUUUCAUACAGCUCAGCUAUCGGUAGCAUCAGUUGGAACACAGGUGCAACGACAUCAGUGUACCAAGUCAAGCCCCUUAGCCGAGGAACCAUCAAGAUCAACUCUACCAAUAUAUUUGACAACCUACUCGUCGACUUCGGAGCCCUGACCGAUCCCACAGACAUCGAACUAGUCCUCGCACUGAUCCGAGGAAUUCGAGCACAGAUAAACCCACCAAUUGCGCAUGAGUGCUGCACUCUUUCAAUGGCGCCCUUGAAAUAUGGCGGAGUCGUUGAUUCGGACCGGCUGGUGUAUGGUCUAAAGGGGCUGAGAGAGGCAGAUGUCAGCGUAUGGCCGUUCUCCCCCCCAGGAAGUGCUCCGUCAGCUACAGCCUAUGCUGUGGGGGAGAAGGUGAGUGACCCGGUCGUGCGAGAAAGUAGACACAUAUGGCUGACCUUUAAAUAG